AUGGAUCUCUCGAGUAACCACCUGGAAAAUGCCACCAGCGUGGUAAGGGCGAUGAACACGCUCGUUGACCCUGUCCGUCAAGCCCAGCCAGGGGCCCGAGAAGGCUUGUUGGCGCUAUCUCAUCGAUUGACCGCGAUGGUGGAGACGCCAAGCGAAACCGUCCAGAGAAUUGGCUGGGCAGAGUCGGCCCGGUUUGCAGCGAUCAAAACCGCAGUCGACUUGAAGAUCUUCGAUGCCCUCAACGAAGCUGGCGGCGAUUCGUAA